CGAGAAAAAACUCGAAAACGAGCGCGUCGAAGAGCCCCCCUCUCUCCCUCUCUUUUUUUUUCUUUUUUUUUUUCGUCUCUCUUUUCCCCUCCCCACCUCCUCUUCUCCCUCUCCUCUCCCCGCCGCCUCGUCGAAUGCCACGAAGGCGAUAAAGCAUCUGCUACCUGAAAAACAUUGGAAGAACUUAUCAGAUCUAGAAUUUGGUGCAAAAUUUGGAAGAGUGAAGUGUAGAAGUUCCUAAUGCCUCUUUACAAGAGAAAGCCUUUUGCCCUGCUUGACCCACCACAGGACCUGGAUCCAAAUGAGCUUGUUUUCCAAAUUCGGUUUACAAAGGAGAUGUUCAGGGAUUACCAAGAAUACUUGAAGAGACUGAAUCUUUACCGCAAGAGGGUUUGGACCUGUAAAACUAGUGGAAAAACUAAUUUAACUUAUGAAGAAGCUUUGGUCUCGGAGCAACGUGCAGUGGAGAAGGUUCAGCAGUUUCCUAAAGAAUUAAUGGCUCCAGUUCUUCAUAUGGUUCAGUACAGCACUCUCGGUAUAGAUAAACUUGUCAAUAAUAUAUACAGCAAGUUGCAAGAAGGUUAUUUUGAAGGCUUAGAAUUGCAUGGGAAGAAGGACGAAUCUGUGUUUGCUUGCAAAAUAUUGAAGGUUCUGGAAGAUGGAGAGGCCACUCUGUAUGAAGUGGGUUGGCUUGAUAGAGAUAAGAAAGUUACUGGAACAUCCACUGUCAAAGCUGAGGAUUUGAUACGAAAGAAACCACCACUGAGUAGGCAUAUGAUAAAAGUUUUCAUUAGGGACUCAACUUCACGAAAUUUCCCUUGGGUGGUACAUGAAACACUUGCGAAGAAACAUGGUAUUUCCACUCAGCCACCAGAGAAUUUCGAAAACAUCAAGAAAAGGAAAGGAACCGAAAAUGGGACCAUGGGAAAUAUGAAGAAGUUAAAGAGAGGUGAAGAAAAUCCAACAAAAAACGUGGUUAAAUACCCAAUUGAUGAUCUUCUAGUGCAGCCUAGUGCAGAUGACCCCAUUUUAACGAAGCGCCCUCCUCUUUCUACGGAAUUUCGAGUGCCUAUGGAUUGUGUUGGAGAUUUCCUUAUGGUUUGGGAUUUUUGUUCGUCUUUUGGCAGGUUUUUGCACCUUUCACCAUUCUCACUUACAGAUUUUGAGAACGCACUCUGCCACAAGGAGAGCAAUAUUGUUCUCAUUGUGGAAAUACACGCAGCAAUAUUCCGCUUGCUUAUAAAAGAUGAAGGUGAAUAUUUCACAGUUAUGCAGAACAAAAAGCGGAACUCUAAGAUAACUCUAGUGAAAUGGACUGAAUAUUUGCUGGAUUUCUUGGAGAUGGACAAUAGGGAAAAGUUUUCAAGUCAUAUAACGACUAUAAGAAGGGGACAUUAUGGUCUUCUUGAAACUCAUGUUAAACUUGGGAUUCUCCGGGAACUUGUUGAAGAAGCUCUUAUAACUACUGAUAUAAGAGAGAAGUUAGAUGAGCGUAUUGAACAGCAGCAGGCACUUAGAGCCACGAAACGAGAAGAAACUAGGAAAAAGAAAGAAGAACAGGAGUUGGGAAAGGAUGAGUCCGAAAUUAAGGAAAGGAAUCAGAAACAUAUUUUGGGGAAUUGUAAUGGGAAGCACAAAUCCGAUAGUCUGAAGGGCGAGCAUAAAGGGAAAGAUAAGGACAAAGAAGUUGAGAAGAAGAAACCUGAAGAAACACAAGUACAUUCAAAUGAGAACCUUGACAGGGAAAUUGAAAAAUUAUCAAUACGUACCAGUUCACUAGGGAAAGAUAGAAACUACAACAGGUAUUGGUUAUUCCGGCGUGAAGGAAGACUUUUUGUUGAGAGUUCAGAUUCCAAGCAGUGGGGCUACUACACCACCAAAGAAGAGCUUGAUGCCCUAAUUGGUUCAUUAAACCAGAAAGGCGUGAGGGAGAGAGCCCUUAAAAGGCAGCUGGAGAAAUUCUAUCAAAAGAUAAGUAUGGCUUUAGAGAAGAGGACAAAAGAUAUCGCCCAAAAGAUCCUACUCGAAGAGGCUGUGCUGCGACGGUCCACUCGUGUUCGGGCCCAACCUCGGGAUAACCCCAACAUGGCAUUCCUCAAAUACGUAAACAGGUGGAAGGAGACCUAAUUUAGCCAAUCAAGACCAUACAGUUCAGAAGCUCCAUGAGUCCCGUCAAGCCUGCCAAUUGGAUUUCCUACAGGAACUGGAAAUGAAUAUUAUUCGUUGAUACUUUAGAAAGACUAAUCAGCCACUCACUCACUAGCAAAUUUGAAUUUUGUAAUUUCCUUCCCACAAAGUUCUGAAGUUACUUUUGUUGUAACCUACGCGGAUGAUAACAAUGUAGCUGAUUGUUUCACCUAUUAUCUAGCCACACAGGAGAAAUGUUGUUUGGACCUCGUGGUCUCAUCUAGCAUUAUCCACUGUAGUUAUGUCUGAUUUGUUUUCUCCUCGUAAAAGUUCGACUAGUAUGCAGUAAUCUUGCUCGAUGUGUUCGUGGUA